CUCCCGGUCCCGGGGAGUCCAGCUGCCCAGACCCGGCUCCGGCCCAAGCGCCGCCGCCGCCGCCGUCGCCUAUCAGCGGAGCGCAGGGGCGGGGCCGGCCGGCUCGGCGGCGGCUGGGCCAGCGGGCGGGGACCGGCGGGGGCCCGACUGCGGCGCAGCUCGGCCGCGGCGCGCACACACCGGGCCGGCUCCCGAGGGCGCCAGCGCGGCCCGGGGAGCGUGAGCAGCUGGCAAGCGCGCGGUCUGCCGUUGGCGGCCCGCUCCGCCGCGCUCGGCACCCACCCACCCCCACGGGGGGACCCAAGGCCUGGGGAAGAUGGUGUCCUGGAUGAUCUCCCGAGCCGUGGUGUUGGUGUUUGGAAUGCUUUAUCCUGCAUAUUAUUCAUACAAAGCUGUCAAGACAAAAAAUGUGAAAGAAUACGUUCGAUGGAUGAUGUACUGGAUUGUCUUUGCUCUCUACACUGUGGUUGAAACAAUAGCAGAUCUAACAGUUGCUUGGUUCCCCCUAUACUAUGAACUGAAAAUUGCUUUUGUCAUAUGGCUGCUUUCUCCCUACACCAAAGGAGCAAGUUUAAUGUAUAGAAAAUUCCUUCAUCCUCUUCUUUCUUCUAAGGAAAGGGAGAUUGAUGAUUAUAUAGUACAAGCAAAGGAACGAGGCUAUGAAACCAUGGUAAACUUUGGGCGGCAAGGUUUAAACUUGGCUGCUACUGCUGCUGUCACUGCAGCAGUGAAGAGUCAAGGAGCAAUAACAGAACGUUUGCGAAGUUUCAGCAUGCAUGAUCUAACAGCUAUCCAAGGCGAUGAACCUGUGGGACAACGACCGUACCAACCUCUCCCGGAACCAAAAAAGAAAAGUAAGCCAGCCUCCAGUGAAUUAGCAGAUGGAGAUGAGAAGACAGAUGAAGAAGCGGAUGGACCAUUUUCAGACGAUGAGAUGGUAACACACAAAGGACUUCGACGAUCACAAAGCAUGAAAUCUGUGAAAACCAUCAAAGGUCGCAAAGAGGUGCGAUAUGGUUCACUGAAAUACAAAGUGAAGAAAAGACCACAGAUGUAUUUUUAGUCGUACACAUCGAGCAUCCCAAGACAAAUUAUGAUAAUGUACCAACUGUUUUUUCUAAUAUUCUAUGCAGGAUUAAGUGUUUAUUUAAAUUGUAUUGGUGAUAAGGCCUAUUUUCGUUAAUUUGAAUUGUUUUUAUUUCUUUAAUAGUUACUUCCAAAUUGUGACAACUUUGCAUAACUGCGUAAAAGUAGUUAUGUAUGGCUUAUUUUUAUAUAUUAUUAAAAAUAAUAGUUGUGUUGUUUCAGUUUCCUCAUCAACAUUGGGCUACCUGGGAUAUAAAUUUGAACACAAACCCACAGUAUACUUGAAAAGAGUCUUUUUUUAUGAUUCAGUAUACAUCAACCUUAGUGGUAUUGAAUAUAAUACCAUUGUUUACCUCCAUUUAUAUUAUAUCUGUCACAUGAAGAUAGUGAUUAAAUAUGCCUCUAAUCCAGCAGUGAUAAAAGGCAUAAUGUAGAUAAAGUAUGUCUUAUGUGUUCUUUAAAUUUUAAAAUACAGGUUUUACAUCAUUAACUGAAAGUUUUCUAAACAAAUAUUUGAAAACUAGAUACCCUUGUAGCACUUUCAUUCCCAAGUAGUUUUGCACACUUGAAAAUUGUUUACUUAUUUUACAACUGUACGUUAUGUUUUAUUGAUACAAUUGUUUUCUUUCAUAUUCUGAUGUUAUAUUCCCUGAAUUAUAUCAUCUCUUUUCCUGUGGGUUUCAUUGUUAGAGUCAUCUGAUUUUAAUAAUAUAAAAAUAUAGCUGAUUGUCCAGUUUUAACUAUUUUUAAUUAUAUUUCUUACAACCAAGAAAUAUAAACACUAGUUUUCCGUAUUUAGCUCUGCAUUGUAGUUGAAUUUAGCAUGCUUCUAACAUGGGUUAUUUUCAGUUUUUGAAAGUGAUAGCUUUUGUGGAAGAGUCAGACAAUAUAGCACUUCGAUCUUUUCUAAUUUGUGAAAUUAUCCAACAUUCAGUCUGUUUACGAGUGUAGCAUUUAUGUGUGCUAUUAAUAAAUGUGGUAUUAAUUAGAAUUAUUUAAAUCCCUUGGACAGAUAAUUUCCUGAGUGUGUGUAAGAUCAUCGCCUGCAAAAUACGACAUCGAUCUUAUCCAUUCGAGACUAUUAGAAUAGAUAUCAGGGAAAAAAAUGUCUUUGAUCCAAGAUACUUUUAGCUAUUGAACUUUCGAGCUUUUUUAGUGUUAAUAACAUUGCAUUAUGAACCUUGUCUUUAUCUCUAGUGAUGGUGUUUAUUAUAACUAAUCAAAUUUGUACAAUUAUACUCAUUUAUUUUUAUUUAUUUUAUUUUUUUUUUUGCUUCUUGGGUCACACCCGGCGAUGCACAGGGGUCACUCCUGGCUCAUGCACUCAGGAAUCACCCCUGGCGGUGCUCAGGGGACCAUAUGGGAUGCUGGGAUUCGAACCCGGGUCAGCCGCGUGCAAGGCAAACGCCCUACCCGCUGUGCUAUCACUCCAGCCCACUCAUUUAAAUAAUUUGACUGUUAUACUAUUUGUUCAAAAGUGAAAACAAUAAGAAUUUUAUGAGUACUUUGACCUUUUUAACUUCUAAAAUAUUAAUCCAGUCAGCAACGUAGAUCUCAGAGUGCUGACAAAGAAUAAAAAGUUACUCGAGUACCUUACUAAAAGUCAUACAUUUUUUAGUUAAAAUUUCUUUGUUUGUAUACAUUUUUCUUGAUAAAUGUCUUUUAGAGUAUUUCUUAGAUGACCUCACAUUUUUGAUCAACUACAAUUUUUUUAAAAUUCUCUCCCAAUGAUUUAUUCUACGAUUAUCUUCAUCUAUUCUAUGUUGACUAAUAUUUAUCCUUUCAAUUCAGAAAAGAUUCUCUAAUCUAUGUUCAGAUUUUCUAUGUAUUUUGAUUAUAAACUUUUGGAAUAAAAUGCUUCAAGAGGCUUAUCUUUCCUAUGCAAAAGCAGUGCCAUCUCAGAGUACCUAACAAGGUCAUGUAAGUGAUUUUGCAUCAAAAACAUUACUUGUGAGGGCUGAUUUGAAUCAUUUCACCAUUUUGAAAGUCUAAUCUCAAUAUUCUGCCUAUUCUUUGUUAUAAUAAAUUCAUACAUACUGUUCAAAUGAGAGAAUUACUUAUCCCUCUAUAUAUCUGGAAUCAAACUUAAUGAAAACAGAAAUAAUCUCUAGUUAAUGCAGCCCUGAUUAAUUAGAUUCCUUCACACAGUGCAUCAUGUUCUAUUUCUAUUGGUGUAUCCUUAUAAAUAAUUGAUAUUACUUUGCUUUGCUAUCACUUGUUUUCUCUCCUUUUUUUUACAUUUCUUAAAUUUUGCUGUUUCUUUGUGCUCGCUUCAGCAUCACAUAUACUAAAAUUUUGUUUCUUUUUCAGCAAGUUCUUUCCUUUUAAAUACUGUCUUAAAGCUUAAGACAAUAUAAAGUAAACUUAAGACAAUAUAAAGUUUUUCUCUUAUUUUGGUGGGGGGGACCCACACCUGGCCAUACAAUGGGAGUCGGGGGUGUUCUACUCCCAGUUCAGUGUUCAGGGGUUGCUCCUGGCAGUGUUCUGAGAACCAUAUUGUGCCAGGGACCACACCCAGGCCUCUCAUAUACCAGGCAGGCACUCCAGUUCUUUGAGCUAUCUCCCUGGCCAAAAUUAUUGUUCCUUUUAAGAUGCUUUUUAAAGAGAAAAAUUGAUUCCUAGACUCAAUGCCUUACUCUUCCCUACCACCACCACCACCUGCUAAAUGAACAUCAGACACCGCACCACUUAGGGCAUGAUUUUGGGAAGCUGUUAAAAGGUGAUCCUGAAAUCAGGGCUAAUGUUUUGUUAUAUAUUCAUUUAUCUUAUUCAGUAACUACAUCUAAAGUUAGCUUAGAAGAAUUGAUUUAUUCUUUAGUUUAUCAUAUUUUUCCAGUGAAAAAGUGAGGUAGAAAUAAGUCCUAUUGCUCUGUAAUUGAUUAAUUCUGCCUAGAUCCCUCGUAAGAUUACCUCUGCUUACUUAACUAUCUGUAUUUGGUUUAGCUAGAAAAUAGUACUGCCCGCAUUAUUGACACAUUAUGCAUACUUGACUACAUAAUUGAUUGAAACAGAAUUAUAAACAUGUUUUCAGGGAAUUUCAGUCAUAUAUCACCACCAAAGAUUAUUACAGUGUUACAAAGUUUGUAAAUAUUCCACUUUAUCUAAAAUAUUAGAUGGAUGUUUCUUUUUUAAAAUAACACAUUUAUGCUUUUGGAAUGCAUGAACUUUUGUGUUGUUAAAGAUGAUAAAGUGCUGCCUUAUUUUAAGUAAUUUGUAUUUUAAACAGAAUGAACUAAAUUUUUUUUAAUUUUUCUUGAAAAAUUAAGAGGUUCCUAUCUACUUAAAAAAAUUUCUGUUUUCUCUUGUGUAGGUUGGCUUACUUUGCAAAGCUAUUUGAUAAAUUUUGAGAUUUUGUUACUAUUUUAUGCAUUGUAUAUAUCUUAAUUAACAUCAUUUUAGAAUAAAACUUUUAAAAGGUGUUUUCUUUCCCCUUAGUGUUUUUAAGAUUUAAUAUUCUAGUAGUGUCCUACAGAUUUAAUGUAUAUUAACUCCUUAAACAUUGACCGUAAAUUAACAUUUUCACUCUGACACUUUCUAAAUCUUUGAACUUUAAUAGUUAAAAGAAAGGUUUUAUAAAUUUUUUAAAAUCUCUUUGUAAAGACUGUCUUUAAACCUAGUAUGGGGUAAUUUUGCAAAGGUGUUUUAUGAAAGCUUAAAUAUAAAAUAAAAAUUUUUUAUUAGUGA